AUGAGGCUACCCCAGUCCUUUCCACAUAUCUUCCUCUGCAUCAUUCUCGCAGUUCUGCUGCCUUUCACAGCAGCUGAAGGAGAAACCAAGAUAUUCAUCAACGGGCCGUAUCUCCCAGGCUACUCACAACUCACAUCAUGCGCCGUGGAGCCCCUCAGCACCAUCGUCCGCGGUAUGAGCUCCGGCUGCGGCGAUGACGGAAGCCUGACAUCGUACACCUGCUUCUGCACCGGUAGCUCCAGCAAGAUGAACUCAAUCAUCUCCAGCGUCGUCUCUACCGAGUGCAAAAGCCACAGCAACGUCACGUCUUUCGUCAUGGCGCAGGUAUCCAGUGCGAUCGCGGUAUUCGACUCCUACUGCGCUCUGGGCGUCAACGCGACGACAACUUUGAGCUCCAAGGCAGCAGCUUCCACAACUGCAUCUCCGGCUGCCACUUCCGUGUUGGCAACGUCAACUGCUUCCCCCGAGACAUCAUCAUCUUCCUCGUCUUCCGACGACACCCGCACUACGGCUAUCGCUACUGGAGUAGCCGUGCCCAUUGCUACCAUUUCUCUCGCUCUCGGCGCUUUCUUUCUGUACAGGGCACGGAGAUCAAAUAGCAAAUCGAAUCAUGCCAGUACAAGUAAUACGGGGGAUGGUGAGAUGGGAGAGGGUGAGGGAACAGGCGAUUUCAAGGCACACGACGUCAAAGGCGCUGACGUUGAUGGGCAUGGCAAAGUGGAGGAGUUAGCAUCUGAGCAGCGGUAUGAGAUGGAAGGCAAUCCGUCGGAGCUGCGUCAUGAGGCGGAGGGCAAUACGAUUUAUCAGCUUGAGGACCAGGCACAUCCAGAGGUCAGGGUGGAAAAGGACGGAAUGCCGGUCAUACCAGAAUUGGAUGCGGAAAAUGGGAAAUCUUCAGGUUGA